AUGGGAGACGUGGCUACAAUUGCAUUGAAUGAUGAAUGCUCAGCAAUCCUCCUUAACAAGCUGUCUCAGAAACUGAAAGAUCCAGGGAGUUUUACUAUUCCUUGCACUAUAGGCAGUUUAAAGAUUAAUAAGGCAUUGUGUGAUUUAGGAGCUAGAAUAAAUCUAAUGCCCUAUUCGGUUUUUCAGAAUUUAGGGCUGGGUGAACCCCAACCCACUAGAGUUGCAUUGCAAUUAGCUGAUAGGUCCAUCAAGCAUCCUAGGGGAAUCAUAGAAGAUGUACUUGUUAAGGUUGACAAAUUUAUUUUUCCCAUGGAUUUCAUAGUGUUAGAAAUGGAAGAGGACAUUGAUGUCCCAUUUUUCCUAGGACGACCCUUCCUAGCUAUAGGAAAUGCAAUGAUUGAUGUCCAACAAGGGCAACUCAGCUUUAAGAUUCAAGAUGAGGAAGUAAUUUUUAAAAUGUUUGGUGCUAUGAAACAUGCACCUUCUAGUGAUGAUUCAUGUUAUAUGAUAGAUGUCAUUGACUAUGUGGUUGGUGGGUGUUUUAAGGUCAACGGUUAG